AUGUAUUUAACUUUAAUAAUUUUACCUUUAUUAGGUUCUAUAGUUUCAGGUUUCUUUGGUAGAAAAGUUGGAGUUAGUGGAGCACAUUUAAUAACAUGUACUUCAGUAAUAACAACAACAUUAUUAGCCAUAGUAGCAUUUAUUGAAAUAUUUGAUUCAUUAACAGUAUCUAUGUUAAUACCAGUAUUAAUAGUAUCAAGUUUAGUACAUAUAUACUCAAUAAGUUAUAUGAGUCAUGAUCCUCAUAAUCAAAGAUUUUUUAGCUAUUUAAGUUUAUUCACUUUCAUGAUGAUUAUUCUUGUAACAGGAAAUAAUUAUUUAUUAAUGUUUGUUGGUUGA